GUCGUGCUACUGUAGUAUAUCCUCAAGAGAAGGUUUGUAGGUACAACUCCUCUCUGCACACAGCACGACACUACCUCAUCGGAUAAAAUAGCAAUAGAGCCACCACGAACGAAGAAAAGCUCCACCACUUUCAGAUCUCUUCACCUCACCUUCACCACAACGAUCGCAGCGAAAUGCUGAUGAUCGAACCCACCACAGCCGUCCGAUUGAGCUUCGACCCCACCUCCACCCGCCGUCUCUCUCACUCCGGCAGCUUCUCCGUCGCCUGGAAUAAGUUUCAGAGAUCAGCUGAUGCUUCUCACGCGAGGAGUUGCAAUUAUGUGAAGAACAGAAAAAUCAGAGCGUCUGCGGAAGAUCCGAGGGCGUCGCGGUACCACCCGUUCGAGGAGGUUGCGGAACCGGAAUUGAUUGAAGGUGGAGAAUCCAGACUAACCCUAGCGGAGAGAACUAGGACCAUCAUUGAGGUUAACAGCAGAGCAACAUUGAUGUUUUCAGGUUUUCUUGGUGAUGAAGUUCAUGAGAAUAUUUUCUGGCCAGAUUUGCCUUACGUGACCGAUGAACAUGCAAAUAUUUACUUUCAGGUUAAAAAUGACGAAGACAUUUUGCAGACCCUAACUGCUGAGGAUAACUACGUGCAAGUCAUAAUAGGCCUGGAUACUCCAGAAUUGGUUCGCGAGUUGGAUGUAUCUGGUCCAACAGCAAUCCAUCUUGAUACUGACGAAAAUGAUGAUGAAGAAAGCGACGACGACGAAGAUGAUGCUGAUGUCGAUGAGGAUGAAGAUGAUGAGGAUGAAGACUAUGACGAGGAAUGGGUUUCUGAUCUAGAAGACGACGAAGGUGAAGAGGAUGAUGAUGAUGAUGAAUCACUAGGGGACUGGGCAAAGUUGGACACCAUGAGAACUUCUCAUCCGAUGUAUUUUGCCAAAAGACUUGCAGAGGUUGUAACAGUUGAUCCUGUGGAUUGUAUGGAUCAGCCUCCUGAUGGGCUAGUUAUUCAGGGCCUUCUAAGACCAGCUUUAAUUGAAGAGCACUCUGUCAUUCAAAAGCACAUAGCCGACCAUAACUCUGGUACCAGUGACUUGAAGCAAACUGGGAUACAUGACGAAGACAAGGUAGAAAACCUUGGAAUCAUUAAUGAUGACAGACAGUUAUCCCAAGAUAGCUCAACUUCGGCAGAGGAAUUGGAAAAGGGUGAAAGCCUUGGAAAUGGUACUUCAUUCUACAAGCUAGAGAUGAUUAAGAUUGAGUUGAUUUCAUCACAAGGACAACAGUCCGUUGAAGUUCAAGAUUUAAGGAAAGCGAAACCUGAUGCUAUUGCACAUUCAGCGGCAAAUAUUAUAUCUCGUCUUAAAGCUGGCGGGGAAAAGACCACGCAAGCCCUUAAAUCACUCUGUUGGAGAUGCAAGGGUAUUCAAGUAGAGGAGGCAUCAAUCAUUGGUGUAGAUACCCUUGGUUUUGAUUUGAGAAUUAGCUCCGGAAAGCAAAUACAAACACUGCGAUUUACAUUUAAUGCACGGGCAUCUUCGGAGUAUAGUGCUGAGAGACAACUGAAUGAUCUCCUGUUCCCAAGAACCCACUACAACCCCCAGAAGAAGAGAGAAGCAAGCCAGACGGAGUUGUGACCGUGUUUGAUACAAGAUUCUGAGUUUGACCUCGAAUGGUAUUUGUUGUACCUCUCCCGAGCUGAGAACUGAAUAUAGCAGGGAGAACAUUUCCUGCUCAGUUCCAGCUUAUUGUAUUUGUUUAAUUCUGAAAGUCCAUUUCUUUGCCGAUUCUAUGGUAAAACUUUCAAGUGUACAGCUUAA